CAAGAGUGUCUCAUGUAGGAUAGCCAGGGAUCUUGUGAGCAUGGACAUUGAUGAUGGGAACUACAAGCUGACCACAGUCGUAGGCUACCAGGUGGGGGUAGAAGUCUGUGAAAAAACUAAAGGUCCCUUCUGCAAUCAAGCCCUUCAGCCAUCGUCGGUUUACAGGGUAAAUUUCUUUAUUUUGGAUGAAAAAGCGGUAAUAAGAGCACACACAGGCUGGUCAGAUGUCAUACAAACGAACAAUGUGACAACCUUCAUGGCAUAUGAUGGAUCAUUCAUAGGGCGGGCUGGAGGAAUGAUAGUGAUCACAGUACUGCUUUCUGUUGCUAUGUUUGUGCUAGUCGUUGGCUUAAUUGUAGCAGCAGCUCUUGGAGGAAAAAAAUCAUAAAUCAAGCAAGCCAAGAUUGCCUUCCAGAACAUAAACGGCUACAGAUCUGAAUGAACUGCUUUCUGGGAAUCAUGAAUAUCUGCAAUGAUGAGUGCUACAUUAAAGAGGGAACAUAAAGAAUUAGAAAUAAUAGAAAUCAGUAUUGAAGAGGUAUAAUGUACCAAAAACUGUAUAUAGCCUGAUUUUACAAUGUGACAAUUUUUACAUCAAGAGGUAAUAUUAGAGUUUGGCCCAAACUGAAACUUUAGAUCUAAACAGCCCUGAUCAUUGGUUCCAAGUUGGCUUGGACCUUUCUCUAGCUAAUGUAGUUUGGUGCCGUAAACUAAAAUCCAUCAUCAUUAACCCAAGACAUGCAACUAGGGAGCUGUGUAUCAUAUAUGCCAAACUGCGUGACUUUUAUUCUAGGAGUAACAUCUCUGAGGGAACUUGGCCAGGCUUUCUAUUUAAGUGUCUUAAUACAUCUGCGGGCUGUGUCUAGACUGGCAAGAUUUUCCACAAAAUCAUCUGAUUUUGCGGAAAACCUUGCCAGUUGUCUACACUGUCU